UACGGAUCCGAAGGCUACGGAUGUGCUCGCUUUCCCAUACGAUUUCGCUCAGUUUGUUCAAGGAUGUUGACGCUAAAGUAUCUUUCCAUACGACCGUACUUCGAAACCGCUCAAGAAGCUAUCGAAUGGGAUAAGCUACAAAAAAUGAUCGCAACGGUGAAACAAUUCCACGACGACUUCGAUCGUAUCGUCCUGCACAAGGAUGUUUAUCGCACGUUCUUUUACUAUUACCUGCAAGAGAUUCGGUUCCGCAUCAUACAAAUUUUGAUGAGUUUCGCCCAAAUUGAGUGGUGUGAGCCAAAGCCGGCCACCGUCGCAACCGACCCGUACGGAUUUCCAAUGCCCGAACCGCCAAAGAAGAGCAAAAAGAAGAAGGGUGACGAGCCGGAAGAGAUUCCCGACUACACGAUCCGCGUCAAGGGCUACCGGGAGAAGUUUCCGCUAGUGUGCUGUGACGAUCAGUUUCGGACGCUAGCUGCCUUGAGGUUGCACUACUAUGCGGUACACGACAAGACGUACCUUAUGGUAGCAAACACGUGUGAGAUGAAAGCGGCCCUGUUGCGGAUGGUGGUGUUUCGCCGGUUGCUCGAUGAAUGGAUCGCAUCGGGCAUUGCAUCGAACAAUGGACUCUGCUUUUAUCUGACAAAAAUUCUCCGAAGAAUCAUCUCUAUCAUACGAUAUUAG